GCUGCUUGGCCCUGUUAGUCAUCAUUUUUCCAACCUUUAUCAGAACUUGACCUCCUACACUCUGCUAAAAUUUUAGAAAUGCAUCUCUAAACCUGCCAUUCUUCCCGUGCUCCUUGUUCCUGUGUUUUAUCAUACUUUUUGCUUCGCACGAAAACCAGGAAAUUCUUUUCUGACUUCGACUUUCGUCCAACUAAGGCUCUUCAUACCUGUAGUGACAAUCUACAAGCAAAAUGGAGAGACAGGAUUUUGCGGGAGCAGGGUCUUCCAGAGGCUAUGGUGCGACAGAGCAAAGGGUCCCCAACGUAGAUUUUAGUACUUUCAGUCCCACUGAGUUCUACCAGUUGUGUGAAAGCAUAUCAACCAAUGUAUACACCAUAAACCAAAGCUGGAAAAAGCUGGAAGAGGCAAUGAAAAUUCUAGGAACUGAUCGUGACUGUCUUGGGUUGAGAGACAACUUACACAUUGAGCAGCUGAGCACCAACCAGCUUGUUGGCGAAACAACAAGGGGCAUCCAGAAGUUGAAUUUUUUAGUGAAGCGAGGAGCAAAACCACAAAGGUUGCAAUUUGAGAGACUGCAGACUGAAUUCAAAGACGCCAUCAAACGUUACGGGCAAAUGCAGAACCAAGUAGCAUUGAGAUUGCGAGCCCAUGCGCUCCAGCCAACUCGUUCUUUGGACAAUGAGUAUGAGCAGGAUAAUGAACUUGAAGAACGAGCGCAGCUAAUCGCCAAACAGAAGCAAAUGCAACGAGAAUUGGAUUAUGAAAAGGACAUGUUGCAAGAGCGAGAAAAAAGGAUCAAACAAAUUGAGGAAGAUGUUUUGGAUGUCAACGAAAUCAUGAGGGAGUUAAGUGCUAUGGUUCAUGACCAAGGAGAAGUUGUAGCAAAUAUUGAGGACAACAUCGAGCGAGUUCAUACAGACGUAAACAUGGGUCGGCAACAACUGGAGCAAGCCUCACGCUACCAAAAUAGUAGACGCAGAAAGCUGUGCUGGUGUGCGUCAGUAGCAUUUGUCGUUGCGCUAAUAAUCAUUGGAUUGAUCAUCGUUGAAUUUGUAACCGCAAGUCCUUCACCACCUACACCAGCACCUACUACGCCCCCUUCUCUUCUGCAAUGAAGCUACAGAAUAUUCAUAAAUAUCAUGUGCCCGCUGUGAAUGGCUGUAAUGUAUUAAUCAGAUUUUUAAAAUUAAGAAAAUAAUAUUUUUCAUAUUUUUAAUACUGCGUUCAAACUAUAUAGAUAGCAGCAAAAUUACCUAUCUUUUUGACUGUUAAGGGAUCUCGCCCGUUAUUAAGUGGUAAAUAGCUUGCUAAAUCAGUUUAGGGUCUGGGUCCAGGACUAAUCAUUAUUACGCUUGUGGUUAUCAAGGGUUGAGCAAACCACCUAAGCUGAUAUAACAUACGAGUGUUUUAACAUGAGGUCUACAGUCAUCAAUUGAUAUUUUGGUACGACCCACCACACACUAAACGUAGAGACCAGAAAUUCCUAAACGACUCUUGUAUAUGACUAUGGUACAGUUUAAUAAGUCAAACCAACAAAUAAAAUGAGGAUGAUUGGGACCCCUUAACCCUUUUUGAAAAUAUAUUUUUAUUGCAAACUCUCCCCACCUUUUAUGCUCACUAUAAAACUAUUCUCUUUACUUCUAUAGAAUAAUAAGAGCUCUAUAUGUUUCAACCAUUAUUCGCGUAUUUAAGAUGGCCGAGAUUUUGUCAAAUAAUAUUAUUGGUUAUUCGCCAAAUAAGCGAUGUCUGCUUAUGUGAACAUAAGAUUUUUAAAUAAAU